UGUAAGUCUACUCUGAUAUAUUUAUUUUUCUAAAUGAAGCCUCAGUUUGUGAGGCUUCUCUAAGGUAUUAAUUAUUUUGCUUUUAUUUCAAUAUAAGAACACAUAUUACGGUAAGUGUAUUGAAAGACGUCACCCACAGCUAGGAACUUAGGUAUGCUUUGUAAAGUUAAGACGCGCCAAAUUAGACCAGAAAGCAACUACAGUCUGCGUACAAUGGAAAAAACCAAAACCAAAACAAAGCGCAUGUUAAGUAUGUUGUAGGCCGGUUUGAUCGCGCUUUUGUUUCGUGACUCGAGCGCGUGGCAUCGUCUGCUACGAUGGCCGUCUGUACCACUGCAGCAUCAGCGCCGGGAAAAACCAUAAUUCACGGAGAGCACGCCGUCGUCUACGGCAAGGCCGCGGUCGCAGCUAGCGUCAACCUGCGGACCCGCGUCACUCGCUGCGAGCAUGAGUCGUUCAUUGUCUUGGAAGCUUCGGAUCUCGACUUCGUCGAAGCCUGGCCCGUCAGCAAGUUUGAAGUUUUCACUGUUCCCAAAGAAGGCUACACGGCCAGUGUCAUCACGUUCACCACCCUUCUGCCAGAUAUUUGCAGCACCUUCGACGUUGAUGCAAGGUCCUUCAAACCUGGAGACCAGGCGAAGCUUGCAUUCCUCUUUUUAUUCACUGGCAUCACAUUAAGGCACAACGAUGGACACUUUGGCCCUGCCAAGUUCACUGUCAAUUCAAGGCUGCCACUGGGGGCUGGUCUCGGAUCAUCAGCAUCCUACAGCACGGCCUUGGCGACGGUGCUCCUGGCAAAAUACGGAGCUGUGCAACAUACUCUUUCUAGCAAGGACCGCGAGCUCAUCUCCUUGUGGGCCUUCCAGGCAGAGUGCAUCCUGCACGGUCAGCCCUCGGGCAUUGACAACACCAUCUGCACCUACGGAGGUGCCGUGCUUUUCAAGGGUGGGAAAAUAAGUGAAAUUCUUGAGAGCAUUCCCAGCUACAAGGUAUUGCUGGUGAACACCCAAGUUCCCAGAAACACCAAGAUUCUGGUGGCAGGUGUCAAGAAGAGGCACGACCAGUUUCCAGAAGUUAUAAAGCCAGUCCUGGAAUCCAUCGAAGCAAUUUCUGAAACCUUUUGGAAGCUCCUGAAGACUGCACCUGAGAUGGCAGAGAACAUUUUCUCCAAAGCCUUGGAACUGGUGGAGAUGAACCAGUCCCUGCUCAACUGCCUCGGAGUAGGCCACCCGCGACUGGACAGGGUUGCUGAGAUUGCUGCCCAAAACGGUCUUGCCGCAAAGCUGACGGGGGCAGGCGGUGGUGGCUGUGCGCUGCUCCUCUGCCGUGUUGGCUGUCAAAAUGGAGUGGGUGCAAGUGGUGAAGCUCAACUGCUAGCAGUGUGCAAGCAGCUCGAAGAGGAAGGCUUCCUGUACUGGGAGGUGGACUUGGGUUGUCCUGGAGUCACGCUAGACUGAGCUGUGCUCAUUGAUCAAAGGGAACUAACUUCAGGCCAGAGCAUGUUUUAGGUCAGCGGAAUGUAAACUGCACUGUGAGAGCACUCUAGAGUGCUCGAAAGCAACCCAUCGAAUUAACCAUAAGACUCGCCCAAACUCACGGAAUCAUGAACUCGGGCUCAAAGAUGUACUAUAACUAGACCCAACUCAGAAUAAGCUGCUAAUGAAAAGGAUAUUAACCUCUU